CCCGCUCUCCCCGGCCCGCCCACCGGAUCCCUGGGGGUCCCGGGUUGGGGGGAUCCUGGGGUCUGCCAGCCCCCAACUCCCAGGGACAGUCAGACCCUCCCUCCUGGGCUGCUGGCCUGGACCCAGGACGGACCCAAGGCCGCCUCCCAGUCGUCCUCCUCCUCCGGUCACCCCCCGCUUCCUGGAAGCCGGGCCCGGCCCUGGACUCUGGGGCCUCCGUCCUCAUUGUUUCCAGACCCCCCCCCCCCGACCAGCCGGCCAUCCGCCGUCCACCGCCCGCUGCCCACCGCCCGCUGCCUGCCAUGAAGUCCAGUGGCCCCGUGGAGAGGCUCCUGAAGGCCCUGGGCAGAAGGGACAGCGCCCGGGCACCCAGCAGGCCGGGGAAGGCCGAACCUCACAGUUUUCGGGAGAAAGUCUUCCGGAAGAAGCCCCCGGCCUGCGCCGUGUGUAAGGGCGUCAUCGAGGGCGCAGGACUGGCCUGUCGUGUCUGCAAGGUGGCCGCGCACCGGAAAUGCGAGGCGAAGGUGACCUGGGCCUGCCAGGCGGCGCCUCCGGCCGACUCGAGGAGGAACACGGCUCCCGUCCGGAGGAUAGAGCAUCUGGGGUCGAUGAAAUCUCUGAAUCAGUCCAAGCAACGGAGCACCCUGCCCAGGAGUGUGAGCGUGGAGGCGGGCAUGGAGCGGCGCUGGGAGCUGGACGUGACGUACAUCACCGAGCGCAUCAUCUCCGUCUGCUUCCCGCCCGGCCUGGACGAGCGGCGCUACGGCGACGGCCUGCGCCAGGUGGCCGCCAUGCUGCAGGCCAAGCACCAGAACCACUACCUGCUCUUCAACCUGUCGGAGAAACGUCAUGACCUGAGCCGGCUGCAUCCCAAGGUGCAGGAGUUCGGGUGGCCGGACCUGCACGCGCCGCCGCUGGACCGCAUCUGCUCCAUCUGCAAGGCCCUGGAGGGCUGGCUCGCCGGACACGCGCAGCGCGUCGCCGUGCUGCACUGCAGGGGAAACAAGGGCAAAACGGGGGUGAUCGUGGCCGCCUACAUGCACUACAGCAACAUCUCCGCCAGCGCUGACCAAGCCCUGGGGACCCUGGCGAUGCACAAGUUCUGUGAGGACAAGGUGGCCGCAGCCCUCCAGCCCUCCCAGCGCAGGUACAUCGACUACUUCAGCGGGUUGCUGUCGGGAGCCAUCAAGAUGAACAGCAGCCCGCUGUUCCUGCAGCAGGUGCUGGUGCCCGCUCUGCCCGCCUUUGAACCCGGCACAGGGUUCCAGCCAUUUCUGAAGAUCUACCAGGCCAUGCAACUGGUGUACACCUCCGGGAUCUACCGCCUAACGGGCCCGGGCCCGCAGCAGCUGUGCAUCAGCCUGGAGCCCGCCCUUCUGCUCAAGGGUGACGUCAUGGUGACCUGUUACCACCGGUCAUCGGGGGGCCAGAGCCGGGCCUCCGUGUUCCGCGUUCAGUUCCACACGUGCACGGUGCACGGCCCCCGCCUGCGCUGCGGGAAGGACCAGCUGGACCAGGCCUGGCAGGAUGAGCGAUUCCCGUUCGAAGCCGCGGUGGAGUUCGUCUUCUCCUCCGGCCCGGAGAAGAUCGGAGGCCGGGACUGUCUGCGGGACGACCCGGCCGUCUCCGUCGACUACAACACGUCCGAGCCGGCCGUGCGCUGGGACUCCUACGAGGACUUCAACCGCAGCCACGAGGACGGCGGCCACGGCUGGCCCUCCCACACCCGGGGCCCCCUGGACGGCAGCCUGUACGCCCAAGUGCAGCGCCCGCGCCCGGCGGCGGCGUCUGGGGAGCCCCCGGCCCCGUCUCCGGUGGCGGCGGCGGCCCGGCCCUCCCCGCCGGCCCCGCUCCUGUCCGUCAGCACCGACUCGGGCCACUGGUCCAACGUGACGGAGCGGCCCGACGACCCCGCGUCCCCCGGCCGGCCCCCGCCCACCCCGGCCGAGCGCGAGGAGCUGGACCGGCUCCUCGGGGGGUGCGGGCUGGGCCCCCGGCCCCCGCCGGCCCCGGCCCCGGCUCCGGACGCCGCCGCCGCCGAGACGCCGGCCGGGGGCCGGGAGACGGCCAUCUUGGACGACGAGGACGAGCCGGGCCGGGCCGGCGGCCACCUCGGGGGCUACCGGGCGGCCCGGCCGGGCCUGGUCCGCCACUGCUCCUGCCGCCACGGCUACCGCGAGCCCUUCGGCCCCCAGCACGGCGGCGGCGGCGGCGGCGGCGGCGGCUACUACCGGCCCGAGGGCACCCUGGAGCGGAGGCGGCCGGCCUGCGGGGCCUACGAGGCCUACGAGGCCUACGGCGAUGGGACGAUGGAGAAGAGGCGGCUGUACCGCUCCCUGUCCGAGGGGCCCUACCCGUACCGGCUGGAGCCGGGGCCCCGCGACCCCGGGGGCUUCGGCUACGGGCCCCCCGGUUACCGGGAGGUGCUCAUCCUGGAGGAGCCGGGCCCGGCCGCCCCGUGCCCGUGCCCGACGUGCCGGGAGAAGGAGCCGGGGCUGCCCCCCGCCGCCGCCGCCGCCGCCGCCGCCUUCUACGGGCUGAGGCUGGAGCGGGAGCCGGCCCCCGCCGACCCGUGGCCGGCCGGCGCGGGCAAGGGGGCCCUCCUGCACCCGCUGCCCCUCCUGGUGCCCGCCUACGGGGCCCACGCCCGCGCCGAGGGGCCCGACUGCGGCUACCUGAGGCCGCCCAAGGCCGGGGACGCCGGGUACCCCUGCGCCCGCCUGGCCCCGCCCGGGUACCCCCCGGUCGCGGCCUACGGCUGCGGGGGCGCCGGGCCCGCCUGCUGCGGGGGGCCGGCCUACGGGCGGGCGCCCCGGACCUGCGGGGCGCCGUGCCCGUCGCCCUGCGGCCUCGCGUUCGAGGGGGCGGAGGAGGGCGGCGAGGCCUACCCGGGAGGCCUGGCACCCGCAGCCCCCGCAGAGCUGUCCCAGUGGCACCCGAUGGCCGUCGGGCCCGGCAGCCUCCAGCGCCCAAAGCCGCGGGAGGCCCGGCCGGGGGUCCCGGCUGCGGCCCAGCCGGCCGGCUCGCCCGCCGGCUCGCCCACCCCGCUGCACACGAGCAGCCCCGUGCAGGGCAGAGAGAGCCCGCGGCCCCCCGGCCCCCGCCGGGGCUCGGACAGGCGAGCAGACCCCCCUCCGAGGAGCGCGAGGAGCCCGGGCGAGUCCGGCCCGCGGGCCCCGGUGCCCGCCGGCCUGCCGGGCCUCCGCCAGGCCGCGUGGCCCGGGCCCCGGCCGCCCCCCGACAGCCCCGACGGCUCGCCCCUCACCCCCGUGCCCACCCAGGUGCCCUGGUUGGUGGCGGGUCCCCCGGCCCCGCGGGGCUCCCCGACUCCCGCCUUCCCCCUGCCCGACUCCCCGCCCCGGGCCCAGCCGCCGCUGCCCGAGAAGCGCCACCCGCCCGGCCCGCAGCCGCCCUCCCCUCCGGCCCCCCACCACGUCACCUUCGCCCCGCCGGCCCCGGCCGGGCCCCCCGCACCUCCAGAACCCGCCGCCCCCCCGAGUCAGAGCGACGUCAAGUUUGUCCAGGACACGACCAAGUUCUGGUACAAACCCCAGCUGUCGCGGGAGGAAGCCAUCUCUCUGCUGAAGGGCCGGGAGCCGGGCGACUUCCUCAUCCGCGACAGCCACUCCUUCCAGGGCGCCUACGGGCUGGCCCUCAGGGUGGCCACCGCCCCGCACGGAGCCCAGGCCCCACGAGGGGACCCGCUGGAGCAGCUGGUGCGCCACUUCCUCAUCGAGACGGGGCCGCGGGGCGUGAAGAUCAAGGGCUGCGCCAGCGAGCCGUACUUCGGCUCCCUGCCCGCCCUGGUCUCCCAGCACAGCAUCUCACCCAUCUCCCUCCCCUGCCGCCUGCGCAUCCCCAGCAAAGACCCUCUGGACGACAGCCCUGAGGUGCCCGUGGUGACCAACAUGAGUACGGCCGCUGACCUGCUGCGCCAGGGGGCAGCCUGCUCCGUGCUCUACCUGGGAUCGGUGGAAACUGAGUCACUGACGGGGCCCCAGGCCGUGGGCCGGGCCGGAGCCGCCAUCCUGGACCGCAGCCCCCGACCCCCGGCCACCCCCGUCCACUUCAAAGUGACCGCCCAGGGCAUCACGCUGACCGACAGCCAGCGGAAGCUUUUCUUCCGCCGCCACUACCCCGUGAGCAGCGUCACCUUCUGCAGCGUCGACCCCCAGGACCGACGGUGGACCAACGCGGACGGCACCACUUCCAAGGUCUUCGGCUUCGUGGCCCGGAAGGCGGGGUCCCCGGCGGAGAACGUGUGCCACCUCUUCGCCGAGCUGGACCCCGAGCAGCCGGCCGCCGCCAUCACCGCCUUCAUCAGCAAGGUCCUGCUGGGCGCCCACCGGAAGUGACGUCACCGGCGCGCCGCCAGGGGGCGCUUUCAGCAGCGAGGUCCUGCUGGGCUCACGCCGGAAGUGACGUCGCCGACACCCCCCCGCCACCGCUUUCAUCAAUAAGGUCCUGCCGGCCGCCCACCGGAAGUGACGUCACCGGGGCACCGCUUUUCAUCAGCAAGGUCCUGCUGGGCGUCCGCCGGAGGUGACGUCACCAGGCCACAUAUUUCAUCAGCAAAGCCCUGCUGGGCGCCCACCGGAAGUGACGUCACAGCCCCCAUGAACACCGCAAAGAAAUCUAUUUUUGUCUAAGAAUAAAGAUUUAUAUAGGAGCUGCAGCAUUCACUCAA